AUGAAGGUGUCUGAGUUUGCGGGGGGGGGGGGGGCGGUGAGUAGGGUUGGACGAGAGGUUCCUCAGCAUCACCCGCAGGAGGAGACACAGUUGGAGGUCCCAAGGAGUGUGUUGUUCAGUUGCUCAGUCGUCUCCAACUCUCUGCGAUCCCAUGGACUGCAGCACGCCAGGCUCCCCUGUCCUUCACCAUCUCCCGGAGCUUGUUCAAACUCUCAUGUCUAUCGAAUUGGUGAUGCCAUCCAACCAUCUCAUCCUCUGUUGUCCCUUCUCCUCCUGCUUUCAAUCUUUCCCAGCAUCAGGGUCUUUUCCAAGGAGUUAGUUCUUCGCAUCAGGUGGCCAAAGUAUUUGGAGCUUUCUUUAGCUUCAGCAUCAGUCCUUCCAAUGAAUAUUCAGGACUGA